ACUACUCGGCAGCAAAAGACAAACUUUGAAUUCUGAAGAAGUACAACUACUCCCUUUACAAGUCAUCGAUCUCUAGUUGAUACGAAAAAUCGUUAUGGCGCAGCUUGAAUUUGUUGAUUAUUUUGAACACAACGGACAACAAGAACUAACCGAAAAGAAAGACCGAGCUCUAGGUGGACUACAACUCCAGGAGUCGUGCAGGAGCAGGGGGUUUCGCAACUGCGACGAGGCGCCGUCUUCCGGACGUCCCAACAGAAACUGGAACCGCAGGAGCUCCGCAGUGAAGCUGGUAGCACGCAAAGGUGGAAAACUACGUGUGGUUUUUUCCAGAAAGACCUCUUCUAUUCCGAGAAUACAGCAGCAGCAGGAGAGCAAGUGUUUUAAGAAUAAAAGCCAGUAA